AUGUCCCUGGCGGGGGGUCCUUGGCCGGAUCCCCCCCCUCCUCCUUCUCCUCCUCCUCCUCCUCGUCCCGCGGGGGCGGCGGGGAGGGCGGCGGGGGAUUGCCGGGUGUGCGGCGAUAAAGCGAGCGGGAAGCACUACGGGCAGUUCACCUGCGAGGGCUGUAAGAGCUUCUUCAAACGCUCGGUGAGGCGCAACCUAUCGUACAGCUGUCGCGGCGGUCGCGACUGCCCCGUGGACCAACACCAUCGCAAUCAGUGCCAGUACUGCCGCCUCCGAAAGUGCCUCCGAGUCGGGAUGCGCAGAGAAGCCGUGCAGCGCGGCCGCAUGGCUCACGCUCCGAGCAGCCCCGGCCAAUACCCCGUCCUUCCCGGGGACCCCUACGGCGGCCACGGCUACUUGAGCGGCUUCAUCUCUUUGCUCCUCCGCGCGGAACCGUACCCUCCGUCUCGCUACGGCGCCCAAUGCCUGCAACCCAGCGGCGUGGUGGGCAUCGAGGGCGUCUGCGAGCUGGCCGCUCGCCUCCUCUUCAGCGCCAUCGAAUGGGCCAAAGGGAUCCCCUUCUUCCCGGAUUUACAGCUCUCGGAUCAGGUGGCUCUGCUCCGCUUGGGCUGGAGCGAGCUCUUCGUGCUGAACGCGGCGCAGUCGGCCUUGCCGUUGCACGCCGCGCCUUUGCUGGCGGCCGCCGGGCUCCACGCCGCCCCCAUGGCCGCCGACCGCGUGGUCGCCUUCAUGGACCACAUCCGGCUCUUCCAGGAGCAGGUGGAGAAGCUCAAAGCGCUGCGCGUCGACGCCGCCGAGUACGCCUGCCUCAAGGCCGUCGCCCUCUUCUCCCCUGACGCGAUGGGGCUGUCGGACCCCGGGCAGGUGGCCGGGCUGCAGGAGAAGUCGCAGUGUGCGCUGGAGGAGCACGUGCGGCGCCAGCACCCCAGCCAGCCCAGCCGGUUCGGGCGCCUGCUCCUGCGCCUGCCCGCCCUCCGCAGCGUCUCCACUCCCGGCAUCCAGCAGCUCUUCUUCAGCCGCCUGGUUGGCAAGACCCCCAUCGAGACCCUCAUCCGUGACAUGCUCCUGGCCGGAGCCACCCUCAACUGGCCCUACGGCCCCAUGCAGUGACCAUGUCUGCGUGGGGACACCAAGGAUGGGAGCCCAGAGCGGGGGACGUCAAGGAUUGGGAACCCAAAGAUGGGGAUACCAAGGAUGGGACCUCAACGAUGAGACCUCAUGGUUGGGGAUACCAAGAAUGGGACUCCAUGGUUGGGGACACCAAGAAUGGGGACGCAAAGAAGAGGACCCCGUGGUUGAGGACGCAAAGAAUGGGGACACAAAGAAGGGGACUCCAUGGUUGAGGACACCAAGAAUGGGGACACAAAGAAGGGGACCCCGUGGUUGAGGACACCAAGAAUGGGGACACAAAGAAGGGGACCCCAUGGUUGAGGACACCAAGAAUGGGGACAUGAAGAAUGGGACCCCAGCAAUGGGGAGACCGGGGAUGGAACCCAACGAUGGGGCACUAUGGUUGGGGACACCAAGAAUGGGGACACAAAGAAGGGGACCCUGUGGUUGAGGACACCAAGAAUGGGGACACGAAGAAUGGGACCCCAGCAAUGGGGAGACCAAGGAUGAGACUCAACAAUGGGACACCAAGA